AUGGCCGCUCGACGCAUUCUCAUAGUCGGGGGUGGAGUCGCCGGUCCCACGCUUGCCCUGGUCCUCGCGAAGCAUCUGCCCUCUUCGCAGAUCACGAUUCUCGAACGCAGCAUCACUCAGUCAGAGCUUGGCCAGGUCGUGGACGUUGAGGGACCUUCGCAGGAGAUCCUGUCUCGUCUCCAUCUCCUCCCCUUGCUACGCGAAGCAUCCACCCGCGAGCAAGGCAUCGAGGUCGUCAAUGAGCAAGGUGAGCUGGUCGGUCGCUUGCCAGCCGGUCAGAGUGGUGGUGCGAGCAAAGAAAUCGAGAUCAUGAGACCAAGACUGAGCGAGGUCAUCCAUAAUGCUACCAAUGAGCAUGAGAAUGUGCAUUGGAGAUUUGGCAAGACCGUCACCGCCAUCGAGGAGAGACUGGACGACCUUCUCGCGCAAGUGUCCGACGUAGAAAAAAAGGAGACGCAAAAGGAGGAAUUUGAUCUUGUCGUUGCCGCAGAUGGCCUGAGAUCGGAUAUCGAGAUCUCAUCCUCCCGGCGAGCCUAA